GCGGCGGGCGCCUGCGCAGUGCGGGGGCGCGGGCGGCGGCGCGGGGCGGCGGCAGCAGCGGAGCGAUCGCGGUCGCGGCGCCAUGGUGGAUUAUCACAGCGCCGGGCAGCCCUACCCCUAUGGCGGGAACGGGCCCGGCCACAACGGCGACUACAUGGCCCAGGAGGACGACUGGGACCGCGACCUCCUGCUCGACCCCGCCUGGGAGAAGCAGCAGCGCAAGACGUUCACGGCGUGGUGCAACUCGCACCUGCGCAAGGCGGGCACGCAGAUCGAGAACAUCGACGAGGAUUUCCGCGACGGGCUCAAGCUCAUGCUGCUCCUCGAGGUCAUCUCAGGGGAGCGAUUGCCCAAGCCCGAGCGGGGCAAAAUGCGCGUGCACAAGAUCAACAACGUGAACAAGGCGCUGGAUUUCAUCGCCAGCAAGGGCGUCAAGCUCGUGUCCAUCGGGGCCGAAGAGAUUGUCGACGGCAACGCCAAGAUGACGCUGGGCAUGAUCUGGACCAUCAUCCUGCGCUUCGCCAUCCAGGACAUCUCGGUGGAAGAGACCUCGGCCAAGGAGGGUUUGCUGCUCUGGUGCCAGCGCAAAACGGCUCCGUACAAAAACGUCAACGUGCAGAACUUCCACAUCAGCUGGAAGGACGGUCUCGCCUUCAACGCCCUGAUCCACAGACACCGGCCGGAGCUCAUCGAGUACGACAAGCUCAGGAAGGACGACCCGGUGACGAAUCUCAACAACGCCUUCGAGGUGGCCGAGAAGUACCUGGACAUCCCCAAGAUGCUGGAUGCCGAGGACAUCGUCAACACCGCGCGCCCCGACGAGAAAGCCAUCAUGACCUAUGUGUCCAGCUUCUACCACGCGUUCUCCGGGGCACAGAAGGCCGAGACGGCGGCGAAUCGCAUCUGCAAAGUGUUGGCCGUCAACCAGGAGAAUGAGCAUCUCAUGGAGGACUACGAGAAGCUGGCGUCCGACCUGCUGGAGUGGAUCAAACGCACCAUCCCGUGGCUCGAGGAUCGCAGCCCCCAGAAAACCAUCGCGGAGAUGCAGCAGAAACUGGAGGAUUUCCGCGACUACCGGCGCGUCCACAAACCGCCCAAGGUGCAGGAGAAGUGUCAGCUGGAGAUCAACUUCAACACCCUGCAGACCAAGCUCCGGCUCAGCAACCGGCCCGCGUUCAUGCCCUCCGAGGGGAAGAUGGUCUCGGACAUCAACAACGGGUGGCAGCACCUGGAGCAGGCGGAGAAGGGCUACGAGGAAUGGCUGCUCAACGAGAUCCGGCGCCUGGAGCGGCUCGACCACCUGGCCGAGAAAUUCCGGCAGAAAGCGUCCAUCCACGAGGCCUGGACCGAAGGCAAGGAGGCGCUGCUGCGGCAGAGGGACUACGAGAGCGCCACGCUGUCCGACAUCAAAGCGCUCAUCAGGAAGCACGAGGCCUUCGAGAGCGACCUGGCCGCGCACCAGGACCGCGUGGAGCAGAUCGCCGCCAUCGCGCAGGAGCUCAACGAGCUGGAUUACUACGACUCGCCCAGCGUCAACGCGCGGUGCCAGAAGAUCUGCGACCAGUGGGACGUGCUGGGCUCCCUGACCCACAGCAGGAGGGAAGCGCUGGAGAAAACAGAGAAGCAGCUGGAGACCAUCGACGAGCUGCACCUGGAAUACGCCAAGCGGGCGGCUCCCUUCAACAACUGGAUGGAGAGCGCCAUGGAGGACCUGCAGGACAUGUUCAUCGUGCACACCAUCGAGGAGAUCGAGGGCCUCAUCGCCGCCCACGACCAGUUCAAGUCCACGCUGCCCGAUGCCGACAAGGAGCGCGAGGCCAUCCUGGGCAUCCAGCGCGAAGCGCAGCGCAUCGCCGACCUGCACGGCAUCAAGCUCUCCAGGAGCAACCCCUACACCUCCGUCACGCCCCAGCUCAUCAACUCCAAGUGGGAGCGGGUGCAGCAGCUGGUCCCCAAGCGCGACCACGCGCUGCUGGAGGAGCAGAGCAAGCAGCAAUCCAACGAGCACCUCCGGCGGCAGUUCGCCAGCCAGGCCAACGUGGUGGGGCCCUGGAUCCAGACCAAGAUGGAGGAGAUCGGGCGCAUCUCCAUCGAGCUGCAUGGGACGCUGGAGGACCAGCUGGAGCAGCUCAAGCAGUACGAGCGGCGCAUCGUGGAGUACAAACCCAACCUGGACCUGCUGGAGCAGCAGCACCAGCUCAUCCAGGAGGCCCUGAUCUUCGACAACAAGCACACCAACUACACCAUGGAGGUGGGCGGGGGGCUGAGCUGGGCCUUGGGGCGCCCCACGGGGGGUUUGGGGACACCCAUAGGUUCCCUGUUCCACUCCCUUGGCACGCAGGGUGUUUGGGGUGUCAAUGGUAGCCGGGGUCCUGCUCCCUCCUGUGGGUUUGGGGCGAUUCCAGGGGGUUUGGGGACACCCAAAGGUGCCCUGUCCCACCCCUUUGGCGCAGGGGCUGUUGGGGUGUCACCCCUCACCGGGUCUCACUCCCUCCCGUGGGUUUGGGGCGCAUCCAGGGGGUUUGGGGACACCCUUGGUGUGCAGGGUGUCACCAUUCACUGGGGUUCCGCUUCCUCCCGUGGGUUUGGGGCACAUCCAGGGGGUUUGGGGACACCCUUGGUGUGCAGGGUGUCACCAUUCACUGGGGUUCCGCUUCCUCCUGUGGGUUUGAGCGCAUUCAGGGGUUUGGGGACACCCUUGUCUCUCUGCCCCCCCAUGUCUCUCUGCCCCCCCCACGUCUCUCUGCCCCCCCCAUGUCUCUCUGCCCCCCCCACGUCUCUCUGCCCCCCCACGUCCUCUGCCCCCCCAUGUCUCUCUGCCCCCCCACGUCUCUCUGCCCCCCCACGUCUCUCUGCCCCCCCCAUGUGUCUCUCUGCCCCCCACGUCUCUCUGCCCCCCGUGUCUCUCUGCCCCCCACCAUGUCUCUCUGCCCCCCGUGUCUCUGCCCCCCGUGUCUCUCUGCCCCCCACGUCUCUCUGCCCCCCCCACGUCUCUCUGCCCCCCGUGUCUCUCUGCCCCCCCCACGUCUCUCUGUCCCCCACGUCUCUCUGCCCCCCGUGUCUCUGCCCCCAGGACCACGGGGGGGCGCUGGGCCCCGAGGAGUUCAAGGCCUGUCUGAUCAGCCUGGGCUACGACGUGGAGAACGACCGGCAGAAACGGGGGGGCAGCGACGCCGACGCCCGCGCCGGAUCCAGCCUGGUAACGCUCGCCGCCGGUUUUCACCGCUUUUAUUUCCCGUUUCCACCUUCUUUUUGUCGCCGCCGAGCUUGGGGGGGGAGCGAUGCCGGGGGGGGCGAUGCCGGGGGGGGGCGAUGCCGGGGCGGGGGGCGAUGCCGGGGCGGGGGGCAAUGCCGGGGGGUCUCACCGCCGUCCCCCCGUAGGGUGACGCCAGAGUUCAGCCGCAUCAUGAGCCUGGUGGACCCCAACGGCAGCGGGCAGCGUCACCUUCCAGGCGUUCAUCGACUCAUGUCGCGGGAGACGACGGACACCGACACGGCCGACCAGGUCAUCGCCUCCUUCCGCGUGCUGGCGGGGGACAAGAACUACAUCACGGCGGAGGAGCUGCGGCGGGAGCUGCCCCCCGAGCAGGCCGAGUACUGCAUCGCGCGCAUGGCGCCGUACCGCGGCCCCGACGCCGGCCCCGCCGCCCUCGACUACAAAUCCUUCUCCACCGCCCUCUACGGGCUGAGAGCGACCUCUGAGCGCCGCGCCGGCCGCCCCUUCCCGUCACCGGGGCGCGGGGUCUCAUGUUCCGCCGAUCACACCUUGCCCCCCCCAACCCCCCCCCCCACACACACCUAUGCAAGGAUUAUUUUUGGGUUGAUUUCUGUCACUUUUGGGGGGGGUUCUCAGCUUUUCUGCGGCUCCGACGCAGAUGGUUUAUUUUUUAUGUUAAUAUAAACCCUUUCUAUUUUUCAGUGACACCCAAAUUAGCCGCCCCCCCCCCAUCCCCCCCAC